AUGGCAGACACGGAGAUGGUGAAUGGAGAAACAACUCCUUCAAUCGAUAAACAACAGCCAGAAGAGGUAGCCAAAGCACCAACAGAAAUAGCAGCAAAAGCCGACUUACUUCGGCCCAAAAAGUACAAGACUUCAGAUUUACCUCUCACGCAAGACCAACAAACCGCGAUUCAAAGCCUGCUUGUCGCAUUCAAGAAGAAAGGAGGCUUCGAUAAUUAUCGGAAGAAGAUUUGGGCAGAUUUUGAUAACUCGGAGUUUAAGGCCAAAUUCACAAAUGCUCUACAAGAACUCGCCGAAAAAGAAAUUGAACGAGAGCCCGCCCAUCUGUCGCGUGACAGAGGUAAAGCUGCGACACUGAUUGAGGGUGCCGUCGACCGUAGCGAUAUAUAUAAGAAUACUGAACAUGACCUGGAAAGCUUCAUGACACAGCAUCUCGAGACCAUGUUGACAUCCAUCCGCGAAAUCAGACGCAAAGAAGUCGGCGAGGAGAUUGCGCUCAGGGAAGAAAUCGCAGGCAACAAGACAGAAGAGGACUACGACCGCUGGCGCAGUGAAAGAAGGGCAGCACGUGAAAAGAUCCAUCAGGCUGAACUUGCGGAACAAGCUCGUAUCGAUGCAGAAAAAGAGAAGAUCAGGCAAGAGGAAGCCCGGAAACGGCGAGAAAUUGAACGAAAGCGGGAAGAAGAGCAGAGAGAGAGGGACGAAAAGAGGCGCGCUGAACAACGCGCUCUUGAUGAGCAACGAGAGAAGGAAAGACAAGAGCGAUAUGAACGCAGGAGACGAGAGGAUUCCCGCGAUAGGUAUCGGACCUAUAAUCUCCCUCGAGGCUAUGACCGUUACGAAGGUAGCAGCACGCCCAAAGCCGCCACUCCUCCGCCACCACCACUUCCAGUUGAUGAUAAGACCUUGGAGGAAGCGGCUUUACAAUUACUGUUAAAGGAAGGGGAGGAGCUAGCAGCAAAGGCAAAGCAGAAGCCAGAGUUUGAUUUUGAAGAAGCUGAAGCCAUUGAAAGCGGUCGCAAGCUUACUGCGCGUCCAAAGUCUAUUACAGAGACCCGCUUCUCAGCUACAGGAACUCGGGAUUCGUCUCGUGAGAGAAGACGAAGCAGUCGUACCCGUUCACGCACAAGACGAUCUUCUCGUUACGAACCUGACGGCAGGAACAAGUCGAAAGAAGGAUCUAUCAGACUUCGGGAUCGCGAAGACGAUAAGCACUCUGUUCGGCGAGCAGACGCAGCCGCACCAGGUCCAAAACUCGUGACAGAGAGCGUGACAGGGUCGACAGCCGCGAUAGACGCGAACGAGACCGGGACCGUGAUCGAGAUCGGGACCGUGAUAGAGAGCGAGACAGAGACCGCGACAGAGAAAGAGACCGAGAUCGGGAUAGAGAUCGUGACCGUGACAGAGCUGAUCGGGAUCGUGAUAGGGAUCGUGACAGCUUCCUGGACCGCGGGUAUGACCGCUACACCGGCCGUGAUAUGGAUCGCAGCCGUGAAAGAGAGCAGGCACGAAAAAGGUCUGCAGAAAGGGACCGAGAUCGUAGCAGAGAAAAAGACAAAGACCGCGACAGACCACGGAUUACAGAUGAUCGCCCACGGUCAAGAUCACGCCGCCGCCGCUCUCCAUCCCACGCUGAUCGAUCGCGCACUCAACAUCGUCGUGAUCGGUCAGGUUCUCGUACUUCUACUCGCCGACGAUCUCAAUCACGACGAAGAUCACGCACUCCGAUUGAUCGUUAUGUCCCGGUCACCAGCACCCGCAGUCGAUCUCCUCGUCGUCGAGCACGUUCACCUGAACGAGAGAGAGACAGGGAACGAGACCGCCCACGUGAGCAAGAAUGGAACAGAGAGCCUCGUGGUGACAGGCAAUCGAGAUCGCGACCGAAUCAAAGACGGCGAUAAAGGUCAUGAAAAAGAUGGUGUCAGGGAUCUUGAUAGAGCUCGCGCCCAGGACCGUGACCGCGAUAGAGAUGCUGAUAAGGGUCGAGCGAGAGAUGGAGAUAGAGAGCGCGAUCGGCCGCGAGCUCGUGAUCCUGAUAACAGGGACGAUCGAACCGAGACCGUGACCGAGAUCGGGAUAGGGACCGAGACAGGGAUAGGGAUAGAGACAGAGAUAGAGACAGAGAACGAGAACGGGAAAGGGAAAGAGACAGAGAAAUGGAUCGUGAUCGUAAUCGAGACCGUGAUCGGAGUCGCGACAGAAGAGAUCGUGACCGUGACCGCCGAGAUGACCGACGAAGCAGCUAUCGAAGAAGUCAUAGUCGUUAGCCAUGGCUUCGGUACACUGUGA